ACUUUUGUUGUGGUCAAGCUAUUAACUGGGUUUCCGUAUGAAGUAAAGAGUUUUUUAUCAACGCAAGCCCUAACAAUCUUUAGAUAACCGGCGUUUGAGAGAACCGGAGUUCCGAUUAAUAUUAUGUUAGAUAUCCUACGAUAUUGUAGGGCUUUAAACUUGCAGUCAAUAAAGUUUGGGAAAGUCGUGAAAGUGUGACUUUAGUGUAUACAAAUCGGUUGGUUUGGGUUUCUAUGCAGGCUGUGUGCUGACUCGUUUUUGACAGUCGAGUUUUUCUGAUGGUUGAGCGUGACAGCGUGUGUUUAUAAUUACAUAUCCACAGUUACCCAGGAAUAAGGAUGGCGUCAAAGAACAAGAUGGAUAUUUUCAAGAGUGUCAAUUUUUUCUUGCGACAAAGCGAGGAACGAAUGCGCCGACAGUUCAACAAGGCAGCAGUAUGUAUCAACGACCUCUUCAUGACCAUGAGUAAUUAUGAUGUCAGAUUCCACUUUGAUCCAGUCUGCUUGGACGACUGUCGCUGUGAGAUGAUGUCCAUGAAUCAAGUCAAUUUGUUGUGUACUAUGAAGGAGUUUCCAAGGCAAAGCUGUGUGUUAGAAGGGGAUGUCAAAAGUGGAGCUGUGAUGAUCAGGAUUGAUGAUCAUUAUACUUCAAGGCCUGAUAUGGCAAGCUGGGAAGAUAUCAUCAUCCAAGGUCCUACAAAUGGUCGUUACCUCAGCACAACAAAACUACUUCAGUCCUUAAUGAAUGUUAUCGAACGAUCAAUUCAGGAAAUUUCACAAGAAAGCCAAGAAAAUUUUAUCACAUGUCGCUCCUGGCCUGACCAGAUCAGUCUGUUUAUCCUUUUGGAUCCUUCAACCAAAUUCCGGGUCAAUCUCCUACCAAUGAUACGCAUGCGUCGCAGUAUUGAGCCAUUCAGAAAUUUGGACAAAAAAAUCCAGCGUGUGUUCCAGUCCUUUCAUUUGCAAGACGAAAACAUCGAUUCAAUUUCUCUCGUAGCGAAGCCGAAUUCUACAGAACAACAGUUUUUAUGGAGGAUAACUUUUAACGACUUGGAAAAUAGAAUUCUCAGUAAUCCUCAAUUUCUCUGUGCUAUGCAUUGUUUAUAUGUGCUAGACAAGCUUCGUACACGUUUCUGCAAAAGAACUGGUAGCCAGAUACUUCGGUAUCACUUGCAAACCGUACUGCUAGCCGAGUUACAAACGCGCCCUCAUCCAAAGUACUGGACGCCAAAAAAGUUUCAAGGUCGCUUGAAAGGCGUCGUGAUGUCACUCCGCGAGAGCUUGCGAGCGAGAAAAUGUCUGAACGUUUUCACAGAGGUAAACGUGUUCUCUUAUUUUGAUGAUGAAAAUUCAAAACUCUUCGCUGAACUAUUGUCCAAAUUCAAAGCAGAUCAGACUCAACUAUCAAAUCUCUUUUAAGGAUC